CUACUUUUAAAAUGGACGACCAGGGAUGUCCUCGCUGCAAAACAACAAAAUAUCGAAAUCCGUCCUUGAAAUUACUUGUCAACGUUUGUGGACAUUCCUUAUGUGAAACUUGUGUUGAAGCGUUGUUUGUAAAAGGUUCAGGAAUAUGCCCUGAGUGUGGAACAGCUCUGAGAAAAAAUAAUUUCAGGGUUCAGUUAUUUGAAGAUCCUUUUAUUGAAAAAGAGAUCGAAGUCAGGAGAAAGAUUCUAAAAGACUAUAAUAAAAAAGAGGAAGAUUUUAAAACUUUGGAAGAAUACAAUGAUUACAUUGAAAUGAUAGAGACAUUAAUUUUCAAUAUAGUGAAUAAUAUUGAUGUGGAUGAAACAAGGCAGAUGAUAGAACAAUACAAAAGAGAAAAUAAAGAUCAAAUUAAUAAAGGGAGAAAUAAAAAGAGCAAGGAUGAAGAGUAUUUAGAGAGCCUGAUUGAACAAGAGAAAGAGGAGAGUUCCCUCAAGAGAAAGUUUAUUGUGGAGGAAGAACAGAGGGAGAAGGACAGUAAAAAGAAGCACAAGGAGGCUCUCCUAGACGAACUGAUGUUCUCAGACAGAUCAGCUCUGGAUAUUCUCAAUGAGCACAAGACAGAUAUAGACAAGGAGAAUGAACUCCGCAUUCCUGUGAUGGCAACAACAAAGUUCUCAACAGGAAUCAAACUGGGAGCACAGGGUCCCUUCAUGUCUGUUCCCCAGCAGACAGUAGAACUGUUCACUUACAGUCCCAUUCACCUGGAUGUUUUAGGCCCGGAUCCACCGGAUGAAGAAGCACUGGAGACAAAUGGGUAUUUAAGACACAUAAGGAGUGCUUCAGAUGAGGAAAAAGGCGGAGGGUUUGAAUCUAAACUGGCCUGCAUGCGGGCUCUACUAGAUGCAGUGAAUGGAUUGUUUUAUCUCCCAGAUCAAGUCUGACAGACGCUGCUCACCUGCAAGAGGAAGUGACGGUGACCAGACAGGCAUCAUGGAUAUACAACCGAGUGUCAAGGACAGGGGUCUUAAUGAUUGAACGACCGACAGACACUGCUUUAGUGUUGCUAGUGCCAGAUCAAGGAGCAGUUUAUGUGUAUGUCAAAGAAUGGCCGUUGCUGGGAUGAACGGAACAUGUUUGCUCCUACAGUGCUGGUUUUUGCCAUUAACUAUAACUUUUUUUGACAGGAUUUGAUAUACUGCCAUGACAAUACAAGUUUGCUUCAGAAAAUGGGGUGAAAAAUAUUGUACAUUUACCGAGUUUAUUCAAGUUAUUUUGUUACUGCAUUUUUGCAGAAUAAAAGCAGAACAAUUCAUA